GUUGUCGCGUUUAAAGGGCAAAGGCGAACGAUUCGCCUCGUCACGGGGCAGACACGAGCGUGUGUGUGUUAAUCUCCUCACCCUGGAUGCCAGUACCUGUCUCGUAUUACAUAGCCCCCGAAUAGUCCCGUAGAACGAUGGAGAAAGUCGCCAGAGUACCGCAGCUGAGGCACUUGCUCGGCGAGUUUCCCGGCAACAUGAAGUUCUGCUUCGCCUACGGAUCAGGUGCGUUCAAACAGGUUAACAACGACGGCGAUAACAUGCUGGAUCUCAUAUUCGUCGUGCGCAACGCCAACAAGUGGCACGCGGAGAAUCUGACGAGGAACCCCGGGCAUUACGCCAAGCCGUUGAGAUUCCUCGGCCCCAAAGCGAUCACGAGGGUCCAGGAGGGAUCGGGCGCCAAGAUGUUCUACAACACGCUGGUGAGAACGAGCCAGGAUCAGCUGAUCAAGUACGGCGUGAUGUCCGAGGUUUCGCUGGUGGAGGAUCUGCUGGACUGGAACAACCUGUACCUGGCGGGCAGGCUGCACAAGCCGGUCAAGGUGCUGGUGGAGCCGGACGCAGAGAGCUCGCAGCUGCGCACCGCGCUGGUACAGAAUCUGCACUCGGCCGUGCACGCGGCCCUGCUGCUGCUGCCCGAUCACUUCACGGAGGUGGACUUCUUCAGGAGGAUCACCGGCCUGUCGUAUCACGGCGACUUUCGCAUGAUCUUCGGCGAGAACAAGGAUAAGAUCAGCAACAUCGUGCUGCCGCAGCUGCACCACUUCAAGCAGCUGUACGAGCCGAUCUUGCGGCACUUCGACAAUUACGUGCACAUCCCCAGGUCGGAUCACAUGACCGUCACGUGUCACCAGGACACCAGCCCGGCGUCCAGAGUCCACCAUUUGAAUCACCUGCCCAGAGCGCCGCAGGUUAAGCUAGUCCGGGCGUGGUCUCACGGCCCGCGAUCGAAGGACACGGAGGACUGCCUGCGCGCGAUCGCGCACGAUCCCGAGUGCUGCGACUUGUUGGAUCGCUGCCUGAAGGAGAUCGUUUGGCGGUCCAGCGUGACGCAAAGCCUGAAGGGAAUCGUGACCGCCGGGCUUGUGAAAUCCGUCAAGUACGGCGGCGCCAAGAUAAUUAAGAUGCUACAGUCCAGCCCGCCGCCUAAGCCUGAUCCGAAUAAAAUCGAGAAAAUUGUCGAGACCGUUGUAAAGAAGGCAGAGCCUAGGAACGUCGAUAAGCGCAUCGAGUAGUUAACGUUGUUCUUUUAGAUAAAAAGCUAAUUUAAUCCUGAUACACGUACAUUUUAUGUAAAUUCUUACACGAAGCCUGUAUCACAAAUAAAAUGGAUGGUUACACUCAA